UGUCACUUUUGCCGCUGUAAAGGAGAAACAGGCAGUACUUGCAGACAGAUGAUUUGAAAUGUUUUAUAACUGAAUGUGUUUAAGUGGAUUAUGUCUGAGUAAUUAUAAAUGCAAUAAACCAAAGACAAGCAUGAUAAAUGAUGCUAGUUUCUGAUAUGCUGCACUGCUACAGUGGUAACCUAAACGUGAAGCAUCUCUAAUGGAUCACUUGGGAUCGUAACAUGAAGUAUCUCUAAUGGAUUACUUGGGGUUGCAUGCUUUGUUCCAUCUGCUCAUCAUUAUUCAUGAUACAGGUUUUGUAAUAAGUGACACACUACAUCACGUCAGUGGAGUAGAGGGACAUGCAGUUAUCCUGAGUGCCCCAGUUGCAGAAGGAACAGAAGUCCGAAGCAUUGAUUGGAGAUAUAGAAGGCUACACGUGGAGUCAAAAAUUGCAUCCUUUAUUCACGGACACAUAACAACAGAUGAGGAUGAUCACUUCAGCUCCCGACUUUUGUUGAAUACUACUGCCUUCUUUCUGAAGAUAGAACCAUUGCAUCUAGAAGACAGCGGGCAAUAUGUUGCUGAAAUUUUUCUAAAAAAUGCACAUAAAUAUAUUCAAAGCUUUAAUCUCACAGUGUAUGUGAACAUUUCAAAUGUAUUUUUAAAGAAGACAUCAGAAAGUACUGACUGUUUACCAGAAAAUUCAGAGAAAUGGACUAAUAUCUCAUCUCAACAAAACUGUAGUUUUAUCCUGGAAUGCUGGGUGGAGAAAGGAAACCACAUAACUUUCUAUUGGCAGAAGAAUGGUACAAAUGUCACUGAUGGGAUCAGCAAAUGUUCAUCUUACUCUUACUGUUCACUGCUGGAAGCACCUAUAAUGGAAUACUGUAGUACCAGUUACAGUUGUACAGCUAACAAUGCUGUCAGUACCAAAACAAGAUACAUUGUUGCUUGUUUCACAGGACAACUGACAUGGGAUCAUAAUGGCAGUAUACAUAUUAGUGGAUUAAUUAUUGGAAUCAUUGUUCUGUUUGUGGUUGUCUUAAUUAUAAUUCUAUUGAUUUGCCUGAAGAUAAUCAAGAAAAGAAAAAGAAGUUCCAUCAGUGAAUAUGAAAACUGGAUUCCACUACGUAAUAAUCGAGUAAAGGAAAAGGACAGACGUCAAUCAGCAGCCUACAAGGAGGUUCGAUAUAAUUCUGACCAUGCAAAAAAAGUAAAAGGAAAAAAAAAUAUGAAAAGUGAAUAUGAAAACUGGAUUCCACCACGUAAUAAUCGAGUAAAGGAAAAGGACAGUCGUCAAUCAUCAGCCUGUGAAGAAGAGCGAUAUAAUUUUGAAAAUCCAAAAAACUUAAAAGAGAAAAAAUAUAAAAUGAGAGUCACUGUAUAAUGGCCCAGACAUUGUUUUCACACUGUUGAUUUAUAGAACAUUGUUUUCACACUGUUGAUUUAUAGAACAUUGCUUUCACACUGUUGAUUUAUAGAACAUUGCUUUCACACUGUUGAUUUAUAGAAUAUUGUUUUCACACUGUUGAUUUAUAGAACAUUGUUUUCACACUGUUGAUUUAUAGAACAUUGCUUUCACACGUUUAAUUUAUAGAAUAUUGUUUUCACACUGUUGAUUUAUAGAACGUCUAUGGAGAGCAAAUCUCCUUAAAUUGUCAUUUUCUUUUUGUGAUUAGCUGUAUUUCAUACACUGCAAGGAAUUGCAUCACUUCCCAACUCAUUUAGCAUUUCUGAUGUCAUGGCCUCCUAUUUCCAACAUCUGUGACUGAAGUUAACAUAAAAUUUGCAUAUUUAAAAUUCAUCCUCCUUCUUAAAGAUUAAAUAACCACUGUCUGUGAAAAUGAAGGUACCAAUAUAAAAUGUUCAGUGAAAGUA